CAAAGUGCCCAAAGCAGUAGUUGAUUGGACCCCCUGUGUGCACAUUGGAGUGGAAGUGAUUGGAGCUGCUGUACAUUUCCAGACACAGUGUGGGUCCCAGUCCUGCAGAGAUUGCAAUCUAAGUGUUGAUGCCUGGGGCAUGUUCAGAGUAGGUCUUGCCCCCCAGUCGCAAGGACCGGACUCGGAAUCGAUCUUGGGUCCAGCCAGUUCUGCUACAGGAGACAGGAGUUCAGCCAGUUAUACACACAGUGCUUUGGCUUUGGAUGUUGCAUGACUGCAGCACUCAUCAGCUUGGGAAUGGUUGGGCCCCAUAGCGCUUCAAUACUCCGUGGGGAGACAUGACGGUCACCUACACGGCACGAGUGGCAAAUGCCCGUUUUGGGGGCUUUUAUAAACUGUUGCUGCUAUGGAGGGGGAGUAUAUACAAACUGCUGUACAAGGAAUUCCUGGCUUUUUUAAUCAUGUACCUGGGGCUCAGCAUCAUAUACAGGUUUUUGCUGAAUGAUGAACAGAGACUUUACUUUGAGAAAGUGGCCAUUUACUGCAAUAACUAUGCAAACCUCAUCCCUGUGUCCUUUGUGUUGGGUUUUUAUGUCACCCUGGUGGUAAAUCGCUGGUGGAACCAGUACCUCUGUAUGCCUUUCCCAGACCGUGUCAUGUGUGCUGUCUCCGGUACUGUUCAUGGGUCUGAUGAAACGGGACGUCUCUACCGCCGCACACUGAUACGCUACUGCAGCCUAUCAGGACUAUUAAUCCUGCGUUCCGUUAGUACCGCUGUCUUCAAAAGAUUUCCUACAAUAGACCAUGUUGUAGAAGCUGGGUUCAUGACUCGCCUGGAGAGGAAGAAGUUUGAGAACCUUCAGUCGUCCUAUAACAAGUACUGGGUUCCGUGCGUGUGGUUCUGUAACUUGGCAGCACAGGCAAGAAGUGAGGGGAGGAUCCGAGAUGAUCAUUCCUUUAAAAUGCUGAUGGAGGAGCUGAACACCUUCCGGGGGAACUGUGGCAUGCUCUUCCACUACGACUGGAUCAGUAUCCCCCUGGUUUAUACUCAGGUGGUGACAAUCGCAGUCUACAGCUUUUUCCUGACCUGUCUGAUUGGACGCCAGUUCCUGGAUCCAUCCCGGGGGUAUCCUGGCCACGAACUGGACCUUUAUAUCCCGGUCUUCACCCUGCUCCAGUUCUUCUUUUAUGCUGGUUGGCUGAAGGUGGGUGAACAGCUCAUUAACCCUUUCGGAGAGGAUGACGAUGACUUUGAAACCAAUUUUUUGAUCGACAGAAAUUUCCAGGUUUCCAUGCUGGCUGUGGAUGAGAUGUAUUCAGAUGUUCCUCCCAUGGAGAAGGAUCGCUACUGGAAUCACUCAGACCCGCGCCCCCCAUACACCGCAGCCACUUUGUUCCAGAAGCAUCUGCCAUCUUUCCAGGGCUCCACCUUCAACAUGGCGAUCCCUAAGGAAGACAUGCAGUUCCAGCCUCUAUCUGACAUAGAAGAGAUGAAUGAGGACACUUUAAUGCACCCUCUUCCACUGCUCAGCCGCUUCCUCCCUGGAGUAGGUCCAUCUCCUCUUUCCUCCUCUGCUGCUCUCGCCGCCCAGUUUGCAGCUCCUGAAAACAACUUUACCCUGCUGAGACGCUCUACCAGCGCCUUCUCCUCAUCCUCGGAGUUCCAAUCCCAGGAACCCAUUCAGGAUCCACCAUACAACCUUGUUGACACUAAGACACCAGAACUGAAUGUCCAGGAGUGUCAGAUUGAGAAACAAUUCAGUGUUGGUUCCCAGGUCUCCCUCUUUCUUCCACCUAAAACCAUGGAUAUUGAUGGGAACAUCCAGUCUGUUAUGCCAGAGGAAGAAGAAGACACUGCUUCCUUGGUGGCUACAUAAUGAGCAGAUGUUUGGAGGUCUCGAAGAGAAGGACUGCAUUUCUACAGUGGCUGAUGGACAUUUUUUAGUGAAUUGAUUAAGACUAUGGGUUUAACAUGUGGAGGUUAUGAAGGUUUACCAUGGCUGCUCAAAAUCAUAUACAUCUAUAGAAUCUACACUGGACUCACUGGCCAAUUUCAAUGGAUUCUUCCAUUCCUUUCUACGUAGAUCCUCAGCAUGGUCCAACACCCUAGGACUUUGAAACGCUUAAUUCCUGUUUGCAUUUGUUUCUUUACUUAAAUUUUUUUGUAUUUUCAAAUAAAUAUCUUUUUUUAA